UACUUUCAUUGAUUAAUAAAUUUGUCCAUAUGACCGAAUGAAAAACAAGCAUCAAUUGAUUUUUCAGAAUAUACUUGUUGGUACUCGGAGGUUUUCCUCUCGCGUACAAAUACGCUAUAUUGGUCCGUACUUUGUUUAUAUUUUAUCUUUACGUUAUGCACAUACGCGUUGAGGUUUAAUUAACAGGUGGAAAACAAAUACGCCGUGUGACACAAAAUAUAAAAGUAAUGGCAACCAUGGGCGAGCCUCUUACUUUAGCGAAGGAUGUCAAAAGGUCCAUAGAAUUGUUAGACAAGUUGCAAAAGGGCGGAGAGGUUCCCACCACCAAAUUGGCAGCAUUGCAGAAAGUGUUGCAAAGUGAUUUCCUUAGUGCGGUACGAGAAGUAUAUGAGCAUGUGUAUGAGACUGUCGACAUUCAGGGUUCACAGGAUGUGCGUGCAUCUGCUACAGCUAAAGCAACCGUUGCUGCUUUCGCUGCCAGCGAAGGUCACGCACACCCGCGCGUGGUAGAACUGCCCAAGACCGAGGAGGGGCUUGGUUUCAAUGUGAUGGGAGGUAAGGAGCAAAAUUCGCCGAUUUACAUAUCUCGCAUCAUCCCCGGUGGAGUUGCCGACAGACACGGCGGUUUAAAACGCGGAGAUCAGCUGUUGUCUGUCAAUGGAGUGUGCGUUGAAGGUGAAAACCACGAAAAGGCGGUAGAAUUGUUGAAGCAGGCGCAGAAUUCCGUGAAAUUAGUAGUUCGUUAUACUCCGCGCGUUCUAGAAGAGAUGGAACUACGUUUCGAUAAACAGAGAGCUGCUCGUAGACGCCAACAUAUGCAAUAAACGAUAUAUAGGUGCAAUACGCUUCAUUGUAUUCAGCAAGUGAUCAUCAGUUAUUGUAUUCGCACGUUUCAUGCUGUGUGCGGCGAUAGUUACGACUUGUAACUCGGAUAUAUUCUAAUGAAUAUAUAAACAUACAUAUUCAUGUUUCUCCCCCAUUCAUCAAUAAAUAUAAUCUGUUACCUUUCUGCCCUUAAA